ACCUCCUCGUAUGCAUAGAGCCGAAAAGGCUCUUUGUUUUCUCCUCCUCACCCAUAAAAGAGCACCAAAUAAUGGAUUAUGAUGCAUCAUCACUGUCCGGUUAUCUCAGCUCAACUCGUCGGAAUCUUAUCAUUUUCCGACAAAUAAAGUCUGUUUUCCGUCAAAUUUUUCUGUUUCCAGCCUAGUGAGACCUAUACUUUCUUAACACUUUUCGCCUCAAAAUUUAAGGUCUUUUUCCUUUUCAAUCUAUUUGACAUAAUGGGUUAUUGGUGGUGGUGGAGGUGUGAUAUGGGGCAUUUGUCGUCGAUGUUCAAUGGAUUAGCAAGAACCCUUUUGACCAAGAAAACGAAGAGUUUGAAGAAAAAAUCUGGGAAUUCUGAUGCCAAAGAAGCUGUUGAAUCUAUGAUAAAAGAUGCAAAAAAGAAUGACUUGAUAUUGAGAUCAUCAGGCAUUGUAAAUAUCAACGGGUCUAAAAAUUUUGCUUCUGUACUCUCAAAGAGAGGGCAGAAAGGUGUGAAUCAAGAUUGCUGCGUCAUUUGGGAGGAAUUUGGAUGCCAAAAUGAUAUGAUAUUCUGUGGGAUAUUUGAUGGGCACGGUCCGUGGGGACAUUUUGUGGCAAAGAGAGUUAGAGAGUUGUUGCCAUCGUCUCUUCUUUGUAAUUGGCAAGAGAUGCUUGUUGAAGCUUCACUUGAUCCAGAUUUCGAUGUAGAAUCGGAUAAAAAGCUUCAUAAAUUCAAUAUAUGGAAGCAUUCCUACUUGAAGACAUGUGCUGCUGUAGAUCAGGAUCUGGAGCAUCAUCGUAAAAUCGAUUCAUUCAACAGUGGAACCACCGCAUUGACAAUUGUUAGGCAGGGAGAGCUUGUUUUCAUUGCAAAUGUUGGUGACUCUCGUGCCGUAUUGGCCACCACUUGUGACAGUGGCAACUUGGUACCGGUUCAGCUUACUGUCGACUUCAAGCCUAAUCUUCCCGAGGAGGCUGAGCGGAUAAUUCAGUGCAAAGGCAGGGUAUUCUGUCUGCAUGAUGAGCCCGGGGUUCAUAGAGUGUGGUUGCCGGAAGAGGAAUCUCCUGGACUAGCAAUGUCUAGAGCAUUCGGGGACUAUUGUGUUAAGGAUUUCGGACUUAUAUCCGUCCCUGAAGUGACACAGAGACAUAUAACGAGUAAAGAUCAGUUCGUCGUGCUGGCAACAGAUGGGGUGUGGGACGUCGUAUCAAACCAAGAAGCCGUGCAAAUAGUAUCGACAACUCCGGACAGGGGAAAAUCGGCUAAGCAUCUGGUCGAGUGUGCCGUCCGUGCAUGGAAGAAAAAGAGAAGGGGAAUAGCUAUAGAUGACAUAUCAGCAAUUGUACUCUUCUUUCAUUCUUCCCAUUUGUGUGAACAAAUUAAUCCUGUAUCUACUGAAAAAUAAUUCCAUUAAAAGGUUCAAAUACUUGCUAACUCUACUAUUCUUAUCC